AUGACUGCCUCGACUCCAGCAUACAGUCCGAUCAAACCGGAGAGUCCAGCCACUGGAAAGGAGCAGUACUUUGACGUCGUGGGCUAUAGAGAUUCGUCUGAUACCAAGUCGUAUGUCAAGGACGAUAGUUCGCCAUAUCUGCGUGUCACGGUGAAUGCUGCUCGAGGAGUAGCCGAGACGGCGGCAGGCGAGGCAAUUGCUGUCACCAUCAACCCCAAAGAAGUCCUGAAAGUCAUUGUCAAGAACAUUGACCAAGACAAGGCCACUGUCGCCCUCACCGUGAAGGAUCCCGAGAGCCGGCCGGAGUACUGGGCGUUUGGGACCAGGAAUAUUGAUGGGCGGCCCGUGUCGGGCAAGAUCCAGGCGCGGCUCUUUUGCAAGUGGAUCAGAUCUCUGAAUUCAAACGUACAGUACCUGAACACGAGGUAA